UGUUGAAUUGUAGACUUUAAUAGAUAAAUCAUAUUGAAUUCGACGCCGAAUCUCGAUUCCACAAUUUCACUUCCUCCACCGGAACAGGCUAUCGGUGCUUAUCCAAAAUAUUGAUUCUGAUUGUUUUGGUAGUUAUGAUAUGCGCUUUGUAUGUAUGCGACGUGAUUGUCUACUUACUUUUUGUAAUUGGUUUCUUUUUUUCGAAUGAUUUUCUUUGAUGAACAUGAAACUGGCAAAUUGCUCACCAUAUGUAUACUCUGUUUUCGAUUAAAUAAAUGAUGCUAUGCUUGAAAUUAUUUGGAAUCAAACUGAAUGAAUUUAACUUUUCAAUAACUAUCUUCUAGCAUUGAGUAAUUGAGUAGAAAGCUAUCGACUUUACCUUCAAGCAGAGAGGAAAGCACACAAACGAACCUUUUCAGUAAGGAAACAAGAAAUGGUGAAGACUUCAGAGGCCUACAACUUAAGAUCAAGAACAAUCUACAAGUCACACGUCCGGUAAGUUUUUCUUUUUAGUCCAGGGGGUCUGGGGGAUAGGGGGACUGGGGUCUCGAGACACCCCACUAGACACUAGACACUGUAACCUCGCAAAACCCAAACAUGUGGCAGAUCUGCUCGGGCAAAGGAAUCUGAUAGGCCUAGGGGGAAACCUGUCAAGUACUCCGGAGGUUAUGGUCCGCCAUUAAUUCAGUGGUCAGCCAAGGAUCUAGAAAUCAUGGAUAGACGUGAUCGGCGUCUUGCUGAGCUAGCACUUGACUACUAUCAUAACACAUAUAAGGAUGGAGUCACCUAUGAGGUGGUGGAGGUAAUGAGAAGCAACCAAUUUGCUCUACCCGACACGGAAAAGUAUAUAAAGGCUCAUACUAACUUCAUUGCCAAGCCCAAAAACUCAAAUGGACCCUCACUGCUCUUUUUCGUUGAGACAUCUUAUCCAAAUUUAAUUGGCAGACGCCUGGAUGCCCGUACUACUACUGUUCACGUUUGCUACAUGCUUGGCGCUGUUGGUGAAGUUGAUACAGGUCUUAAUGGCUGCCUCGCCUGUCGUGGAACCCGUGGACCAGCUCUUCAUCACCCUCAUGAUGGAGUCUUUGAUAUUGGUUAUGAGAUGUAUCGCUUGCGGUAGUUGGUGCAUGGGCUGCUAUCACGUAGUAGUGAUUAAUCUUAUUUGCCUGAUUAUCUUUAUUUGUAAAACAAUCCUUGUCAACCUAUUUACUCCACUAUCUUCUUAGUUACAAUGAUAGUCUAGGAGGAAGUCCAAGUAGUUAAGUCCCCAUCAUCUAACCAAAGUCUGUGAAGUUAAAACAUUUCAAUGUAGUUGCAAAGAAAAAAACUUCAUGUCUAGAAAAAGUUACAUAUCUUCCCAAAUAUGUUAACUAGUUUAUGUUUGUUUCAG